CAGUGAAAGAUGUUUAUUUCAUUGUAGGUCUACCUAAAUAUUCAAUUGCGAAAAUGGAAAUUUUACUCGCAAAUGUUAAUAACAUAGAUUUUAAAAUUGAACGAGAUUUGAUUGAACAAAUUGGUGCCGUCGCUUUACCAUUCUUCGGAAUGGACAAAUCGAUGGCUGCCGUUUGUCAAUUUGUGAGUACCCAAAAUGGUUUGGAGUGUGAGAAAGGCUCAUCCUGCCCCUUCCGUCAUAUUAGAGGAGAUAGAACUAUAGUGUGCAAGCACUGGCUAAGAGGAUUAUGUAAAAAAGGAGAUCAAUGCGAAUUUUUACAUGAAUAUGAUAUGAAAAAAAUGCCAGAAUGUUACUUUUACUCUCGAUUUAAUGCGUGUCAUAAUAAGGAAUGCCCCUUCCUUCAUAUCGAUCCGGAAAGCAAAGUAAAAGAUUGUCCAUGGUAUGAUCGGGGGUUUUGUAGACACGGUCCGCAUUGCAGACAUCGUCAUGUACGUCGUGUGCUUUGUAGUAAUUACUUGGCCGGCUUUUGUGAAAAUGGUUGGAAUUGUAAAUUUAUGCAUCCCCGAUUCGAGCUGCCACCAAUUUCAGACACGACAAAAGAAAUUUUGCUUAAAAAGGUGCCAACUUGCCACUUUUGUGGAGAGCUAGGACAUAAAGCUUCGGCGUGUAAAAAAAAUCCUGAUGCUAACGAAAGUAGUGAGAACCGUUUCAAAUUUAAUGGCUUCCAAAAACAAAAUCAAGCGUACAGUUUUAAAGAAAACACAGAAGGUAAAAACGGAACUGAGCAGGUGUCGUCGAGCAAUAACUUUACAAAAGUGCCAAAGCCUUUAGAUGAAAUCACUUGCUACAAAUGCGGAAAUAAAGGGCACUACGCAAAUAAGUGCCCUAAAGGUCACUUGGCGUUUUUAUCAAAUCAGAGAAGCCACAAAUAAAUAAAUUAGGAAUGAAAUAACCAAUUAUUUCAAUCAUAGUUAGUAUCCAAUACUUCUUAAUUUUUAAAUAUACACAGUUACAGAGUUAUGACCUAGUAGAAAUACUUACAUGGAUAUUUUCGUACUAUCUAAAAUUUAAUUUUUUCUACUGAAAAUAUAGUCUGUGCAUUCUCAAAAUUUUACAGGAAGUGGAAUAAAAACUUAAAGAAUCUAAGCAUUUCUUUGGAAGUUAUCUGGAAAUAUUAUAAUAAAAAUAUAUUAGUAUAAACUGUG